UGUAACUCCAGCCAGCUGCAGGAGUGCAGAAGACCGCCUCUCUCCCUCUCCCUCUCCCUCUCCUCUCUCCUCUCCGGCAGGCCAGGCCGACCCUACCUUCUCGCCAGAGUUGUGGGAACCCGAGGCGGCCAGCAACAUGAAGCUGGUCCGCACUCUGCUCCCCCUGCUACUGCAAGCCUGCUGGGCCACCGCCCAGGACAUCCCGGAGGACUCAAAACUCUUUGCGUUCCAAGACUGCCCAGUGGACCUGUUUUUUGUGCUGGACACUUCUGAAAGUGUGGCCUUGAGGCUGAAGCCCUAUGGGGCCCUGGUGGACAGGGUGAAGGCCUUCACCAAGCGCUUCAUUGACAACCUGAGAGACAGGUACUACCGGUGUGACCGUAACCUGGUGUGGAACGCAGGCGCGCUGCACUACAGCGACGAGGUGGAGAUCAUCAGCGGGCUGACGCGCAUGCCCAGCGGCCGCGAUGCGCUCAAGGGCAGCGUGGACGCCGUCAAGUACUUCGGCAAGGGCACCUACACCGACUGCGCCAUCAAGAAGGGGCUGGAGGAGCUGCUGAUCGGGGGCUCCCACCUGAAGGAGAACAAGUACCUGAUCGUGGUGACAGAUGGGCACCCCCUGGAGGGCUACAAGGAGCCAUGUGGUGGCCUGGAGGAUGCUGUCAACGAGGCCAAGCACCUGGGCAUCAAAGUUUUCUCAGUGGCCAUCACACCUGACCACCUGGAGCCACGGCUGAGCACCAUCGCCUCCGACCACACGUACCGACGCAACUUCACGGCGGCCGACUGGGACAUGAGCAGGGACGCCGAGGAGAUCAUCAGCCAGACCAUUGACACCAUCAUCGACAUGAUUAAAAACAACGUGGAGCAAGUGUGCUGCUCCUUCGAGUGCCAGCCUGCUAGGGGGCCUCCCGGAUCCAGGGGUGAUCCCGGGAACCAGGGAGAACGUGGGAAGCCGGGGCUUCCUGGAGAGAAGGGAGAAGCUGGAGAACCCGGAAGGCCAGGAGACCUUGGACCUAUCGGCUACCAGGGAAUGAAGGGAGAAAAAGGAGGCCGCGGGGAGAAGGGCUCGAGAGGACCCAAGGGCUACAAGGGUGAGAAAGGCAAGCGAGGCAUCGAUGGUGUGGACGGCAUGAAGGGGGAAAUAGGAUACCCGGGUCUGCCAGGCUGCAAGGGCUCACCUGGAUUCGACGGCGUCCAAGGACCGCCUGGGCCCAAGGGAGAUGCUGGCUCAUUUGGACCCAAGGGAGAAAAGGGCGAGCCCGGCAGGGAUGGUGAGCCUGGGAGGCCCGGGAACACGGGACCACCUGGAGAAGAGGGUGAUGCGGGAGAGGCUGGCCCUCCAGGAGAGAAAGGAGAAGCGGGGGACGAGGGGAAUCCAGGACCAGAUGGACCCCCAGGGGAGAGGGGUGGCCCUGGAGAAAGAGGACAGCAGGGGACGCCUGGCGUUCGGGGCCCCAGAGGAGACCCGGGUGAAGCUGGACCCCAGGGUGACCAGGGAAGAGAAGGCCCAGUCGGUGUGUCUGGAGACCCGGGCGAGGCUGGUCCUAUUGGGCCCAAAGGAUACCGAGGGGACGAGGGGCCACCAGGGACCGAGGGUGUCAGAGGUGUUCCAGGACCCCCAGGUCCCUCCGGAGAUGCUGGACUGAUGGGGGAGAGGGGUGAAGAUGGCCCCCCUGGAAACGGCACCGAGGGCUUCCCCGGCUUCCCUGGGUAUCCAGGCAACAGAGGCCCUCCAGGGAUCAACGGUACGAAAGGCUACCCUGGCCUCAAGGGGGACGAAGGAGAUGCCGGGGACCCAGGAGAGGAUAGCAACGGAGUGUCACCCCCAGGAGCCAAAGGCGCCAAGGGCUACCGGGGCCCCGAAGGCCCUCCGGGACCCCCAGGACAUCCAGGACCACCAGGACCUGAUGAGUGUGAGAUUUUGGACAUCAUCAUGAAAAUGUGCUCUUGCUGUGAGUGCAAGUGCGGCCCCAUCGACAUCCUCUUCGUGCUGGACAGCUCUGAGAGCAUUGGCCUGCAGAACUUUGAGAUCGCCAAGGACUUCAUCAUCAAGGUCAUUGACCGGCUGAGCCGGGAUGAGCUGGUCAAGUUUGAGCCAGGCCAGUCGCACGCGGGCGUGGUGCAGUACAGCCACAACCAGAUGCAGGAGCACGUGGACCUGAAGAGCCCCAACAUCAGGAACGCGCAAGAGCUGAAGGAAGCCAUCAAGAAGCUGCAGUGGAUGGGGGGGGGCACGUUCACAGGCGAGGCCCUCCAGUACACCCGGGACCGGCUGCUGCCCGCGUCCUCCAAUGACCGAAUCGCCCUGGUCAUCACCGACGGGCGCUCAGACACCCAGAGGGACACCACGCCCCUCAACGUGCUCUGCGGCCCAGACAUCCAGGUGGUCUCUGUGGGCGUCAUGGACUUGUUCGGCUCCAGGCCGAGCUCCGACCAGCUGAACAUCAUCGCCUGCCACGGCGCGUCAUCCCAGCGCCGGCCCAGCAUCUCGCUUGUCAAGGAUAACUAUGCGGAGCUGCUUGAAGACAACUUCCUGAAGAACGUGACCGCUGAGAUCUGCUUCGAUAAGAAGUGCCCAGAUUACACCUGCCCAAUCACCUUCUCCUUCCCGACCGACAUUGCCAUCCUGCUGGACGGCUCGGCCAGCGUGGGCAGCCGCAACUUUGAGACCACCAAGCAUUUCGCCAAGCGCCUGGCUGAGCGCUUCCUGACGGCCAAGAACAAGGACCCCGCGCACGACGUGCGCGUGUCCGUGAUGCAGUACAGCGGCAAGGGCCAGCAGAGGCCGGCGUUCUCGGCGCUCCAGUUCCUGCAGAACUACGCCAUGGUGGCCAACAGCGUGGACAGCAUGGCCUUCCUCAACGAUGCCACCGACGUCACCGACGCCCUGCGCUACGUCACCCGCUUCUACCGGGAGGCCUCGUCGGAUGCCACCAAGAAGCGGCUGCUGCUGUUCUCCGACGGCAACUCGCAGGGCGUCACCGAGGCCGCCAUCGAGAAGGCCGUGCAGGAGGCCCAGGGAGCGGGCAUCGAGAUCUUCGUGGUGGUGGUGGGUCACCAGGUCAACGAGCCCCACAUCCGCGUGCUGGCCACUGGCAAGACGACCGAGUACAACGUGGCCUUCGGGGAGCGGCACCUGUUCCGCAUACCCAGCUACCAGGCCCUGCUGCGGGGCGUCUUCUACCAGACCGUGUCCAGGAAGGUGGCGCAGGGCUAGUGCCCCUGCCACCACCGGCUCCCUUCCCGGGUCCUCCCCACCCCUCUGCAAGACAGCAGUCAGAGCCGUGAUGCGAAUGUUCCUCACCGACCCGCAUUCGAUUGGCAAAUGUCUGCAGAGCCAUGCCGAGACAGGAUGUGUUCUGCAUAGCUGUCCCUUCUACUCCCUCCACGCCCACCUCUCUCCUCUCAACCAGGACCCACACCAGCCUCCCAGCCGCCCACCCACCCCCCACCCCCACACGGGAGAUCAGUGGCACCCCAACUAUUGCUCCCAUCUCCUUUCUACUCCACUGACUGGUCUCAGUCAGAUGCCCCCAAAGCCUCCCUCGUUAAAAAAUUAUUUUGGUCUUGUUUUUUAAAUUUCUGGAAUGUGGGUCGCCCCAGCCCUCCCAUCUCCUCAUGGCUCAGUGUUCCUCUGCUGGCCCACCCCAGCCUUCUCUUAACCUGUCAUUUCCAUGCCGGGCAGAUUGUAUGCCUUGGCCCACGCGAGCCAUUGGGCUGAUUCACUUGUGGGUGAGACCAAAAUGGAGAGGGUUCUUGUUCAACCAGAAAUCUCGAUGGGUCGAUACCAUGACGAGCCCUCGCCCCUAAGAGACCCUGGACCUGGGCUCCCUCAGCCCCUGCAGAGCUUCACAGCUCCGAGCGAGAUCAGAGAAGAGAGCGAAGCUGGCACCUGGUUUGUGUGCGUCCUCUCCGAUUCUGAGACUAAAGGUGCUACCUUGCUGGGGGGGGGGGUUCUUCCUCCCUCCAGUCAUUCUCUCAAACCUGGGCCCCGACUGGCUCCAUAUUCUCAGUCGUGAGCCGUGUGUUUUCACUAAAAAACAAUCCCUAACCUUUUCCUCAAAGCAGUGAUCUGGCCUAUAUUUUAGGGAAGAUCCUCUUUAUAGGUUAGUUUUCUUUUUACUCCUUCUCAUGUUUUUCCUCAACCAUGUCCAUGUCAACAGUUCUUCCAAAUAAAGACUUCCCACCCCCUC